CUUUGGGACUGCUUAAUUUGGAAAAGCACAACUCUCUCUAUCAAGUGAAAAAUAAAAAUUACGACAAAAAGAUCAACAUGGCUCGAGCAGCUGCAGCUUUUAGAGUUGCCAGAAUCUUCUUGAUCAUGAUCUCUGGGAUCAUGCUUCUGUUUAGCACAGCUGAUGCUGCAUCAUCAUCAUCACAGGGUGACACUGAAAUACUGGUUAUUCCCCGCCGCCCCCCUCUCGUUCUUCCUCCUCCGCAAUUUCAUCCUAAUGGACCUCAAACAUUAAAGGUACCUCCUCAUCCCUCACCACCAGGACCGAAAUAACUUUGAGAUUCAUCGUGACGUAUCAAAUUUAGCAUAAACGUGUGGCUGAAGUUUCGAUUCGUAUGCUUAUUUAAUGUUUGGAAAAAAGAAUUUGGAAGACACAAAAAACAGUGGUAUGUUAUAUUGUAAUAGUGUUUCCGAAAAAAUCAUGUUUGUUAAUGAUAUUGUCAGCUAGGACCUAAACUAGUACUCCCUCCUGUUCUUAUUAUAAGGCAUUUUGAUUUUUUUUUAAAUUUCACAUAGUACACAUUUUUAAUUGACGAAAAAACUUUAAAAAUAUAUUUUCACAUUAGUUGCGUUCUCUUGAUUGUUAUGAUCUAUUUUUAAAGUUUUUUUUAGAUU